GCUGGGGGAAGCAGCAAAAAAGCAGAUGUGGCUGCACCAAACCCGCACUGUCCUCGACUCGCAGCCGCGGGGAGCCUGCGACAUCAGCAAGAGGAGCCCGAGCUUCAGGAAUGCAGGUUCCAGUGGUUUUCCUUUUCCUGGGUCUCUUAACUGUCCCAAGCAGAUCCCAGAAUUCGGCUGCUGAGCAGAACUCUGCCACUGCUGAUGGAGCCCACACUGGUGAGGUGGAAGAGGAGGAUCCAUUCUAUAAGACCCCUGUAAACAAGCUGGCAGCAGCAGUCUCCAACUUUGGCUAUGACCUGUACCGGCAGCAGUCUAGCCGGACAGCCACUGCCAAUGUGCUGCUGUCUCCAUUCAGCCUGGCUACUGCACUUUCUGGUCUCUCACUUGGGGCUGGAGAACGAACAGACGAUGUCAUCUCUCGUGCUCUCUUCUAUGACCUGCUUAACAAAGCUGAAGUCCACAACACUUACAAGGACCUACUGAGCAGUGUGACUGGACCAGAGAAGAGCAUGAAAAGUGCCUCCCGCAUCAUCCUGGAGAAAAGACUGAGGGUGAAGCCUGGUUUCCACAGCCAGCUAGAGAAGUCCUACAGGAUGCGUCUGAGGGCACUGAGUGGCAACAACCAGUUAGACCUCCAAGAAAUCAACAACUGGGUCCGACAGCAGACAAAAGGAAGGAUUAUGAGGUUCAUGAAGGACAUGCCCACCGAUGUCAGUAUUCUCCUUGCUGGGGCUGCUUACUUCAAGGGGACAUGGAAGACUAAAUUUGACACCAAGAAGACUGCCCUGAAAGACUUCCACCUAGAUGAGGACAGAACUGUGAAAGUGCCCAUGAUGUCAGACCCCAAGGCCAUACUGCGAUUUGGUUUUGACUCAGAACUCAACUGCAAGAUUGCCCAGCUGCCGCUGACAGAGGGAAUCAGUGCCAUGUUCUUCCUGCCUACAAAGGUGACUCAAAAUAUGACUCUGAUUGAGGAAAGCCUUACUUCAGAGUUUGUCCAUGAUGUAGACAAGGAGCUGAAGACGGUCCACGCUGUGCUCAGCUUACCCAAACUAAAGCUGAACUACGAAGAGGCACUUGGCAGCACACUAAAGGAGACAAGGCUCCAAUCACUUUUCACAUCACCUGAUUUUACCAAGAUUUCUGCCAAACCUAUUAAGCUGUCUCACGUGCAACACAAAGCAGUUCUGGAGCUCAGUGAAGAUGGGGAAAGAUCCACCCCAAACCCUGGGGUGAAUGCUGCUCGACUGACCUUCCCCAUAGAGUACCACCUGGACAGACCUUUCCUUCUUGUACUGCGAGACGACACCACUGGAACCCUCCUCUUCAUUGGCAAGAUCCUGGAUCCCAGGACCAUUUAGAUCCCUUCACAGUAGUCUGCAAUGGUAGGGCUCAAAUGGAAAGGGCGAUAUUGGGAGGGCUACUGCCUCCCUGCUCUGCUGCACAAAGACAACUUGCAAAUCUUACGCCUUCAUGCUGCAAUAAAAGAGCUUUUGCUGUUAAUCUCA